AAAAUAGAAAUCAACGCAAAAUGUCGUCCAUAAUGAAAGCAGGCAGACCUAACGAUUAUAUGUAUGAUUCUGCGUUUGUCCUGUCCGGUCCUAAGGAUUACUACAAACAUGCAGUGAACUCGAGAAUAGCGCAGGCGAAAUAUGCAGUUUGUCCCAUCUUUCCAACAAUGUUUUCCGAUAUGAAGAAUUACCCCAGGAAGCAAUACGUGAUGAGAAGGACUGGAUCCAUAGCACCGUACACAGAUAAAACGCACGACGGUAAAACCUUGAGAAAGAGUAUACUUUCAGGAACCGACCGAUAUAAAUAUUAUCAUAAUCCGGUGGUAUCGGAGGCUACUAUAAGUACAGUUCCUAAACUGGAUGUGAGUUGUUUCUAUGAGAUCGAUGCAGAGAAAGACCAGUCCCAGGAUCAACCGAAGGUUGAUAACACGAAGAAAAACGUGAAAGUUCAAACGGUGUACAGGGCGACUUCGGCGCAGACCUCGCCUUGGGAGCCGGAUUACACGAUAGCCGAAGGAGAUCCUGAAUUGCUUAAAUUGGAAUUUCUGAAAUGGGGUUGCGGUUUACCAGUGGGCGUACAUGAAGUGUCUUUGAUCGAAAGGGCAAGGAUGAAACGGGCUUGGGAGAAAUCCAUGGGACCUAUAACCGACCAGAAGGGUUUUAAUGCUAGGAAAGGAAUAAUCGAGGAAAUCGAGAGGAAUCAGUGGCUUUUUCGUGAACAGGAGAUUCAAGAUAUACAAAAUUUGCGGAUGGAGUUGCUGGAGCAGAUGCUCAACGAGAUACAGCAAAAGUCCAAGUGCCGGAACGAGAAGAAAAUGCGAAUGUUCUGCGAUACUAAACUGAAAGAGAAGCAAGAGAAAUUGUCGAAGUUACACAAAAAUUGCAAUCGAGAAAAAAGACGACUCGAGUUUAAUUACAAAGGGAUUUUAUCGAAAUACGGACACGUUAAUGUGUUUGAUGAGCAUGCCGACUACAAAUCGGAAUUGUAUGUGCCGUUGAUAAGGCACGGAACUAAUCCGAAAUACGCUCAUCAAAUCAUAACAGAAUCCAUCAUGAAAUAUAAGCCGCAGUAUUACAGCGUGGAGGUGUACGACACGAUGCCCGACGGAUUGGUCGAUUGUCCUAAAAUCAAGAAUGUUAAACUUCCUGGUACAAGAUUGUGCAUACGAGAAACCAAGUGGACGACUCCUGUUUUGAAGAAGUUACAUAUGGAACUUAAGAAUUUGGGCACGGAGGAGAAGAAACUGAUAUCGCUGCGUGUUAGGAUCGAGGAGAAAGUCGAAGGAUUACCAACGCCCGAGAUCGAAGAUUACGAUGAUGACGUUGAGGCUCUAUAUCAGCACAGCGUUUUUCUCCAGAAAGUGUUAAGAGGAAGAGCUGCUCAGAUUUCGAUCUUUCAAGGUAGAGAUCGAUGCCGUGAGUUGAUUGAAGAACUUAGAUGCAAUUUCGCGUUGCUCAAGAGCAACAAAAAGAAGAUCACUAAGAAAAUUGAGCAGACAAAGCAGGAACAGAUUGAUGCGACACGGUGCACUGCUAAGAUGAAACUGCUGGAAACUAAUUUGAAGAAGUUGAGCUCCAUCGUCAUUGGAACACUUCUAGACUACUUGAACAAAGAAUUAAACAGAUUACAUAAGGAGAGAGCAUGCCACGCGAUGGCUCUUCUGGUGGAGAGGGAAAGGAUUAAAAGAGAAGCAGCCGAAGCUGGGAGAAGACAACAGGAGCUUCGUAGAAGGAAGGAGCACGAUGAAAUGUUUAAACAAACGAUAAAAAUACAUCAAGAAACCGUGGAUCUAUAUUUGCAAGAUAUAAUUACGGAGGGAAUGGAUUUCGCGUCCAAAGAAGAAGCAAAGUCUUACGUUGAUAAUUUGGCACAUAAAGUGGACGAAGAGACGUAUGUUAAUAAAGUUUGUUUUAGUGACAUCUUGGAGAAGGAAGAAUACAUUGCAGAUUUGAUGCAUCACUUUGUAAUACCUGAAGUGGAGAAGACAAUAGUGCGGGAUAGAUACAAACUCAAGCAGAAAAGUCAUCUGAAAGCGGCACACGAGUCUAUUUAUGGGAAGAUGGAGACAAUGCCUCGAUACAAAACUGAUCAGGAGGAUCAUACAAAGAGCAGCACGUCAACAGAGACCGAGACGUACCGUGAAAGGCUAAGUACUUAUAAGGUAUCGAUGGCAAUGCAAGAAGUCAGGGAUAUUCUGAGCGAGCUGAUCACCAUUCCACCAAAGUUAGAAGCAUUGCGUAGUUUGAGGCCGUGCGCAGUUCCAAGCAUAGAGUCAAUUGAUGACGGCGAAGAAGGAUUGGGCGAGGAAGAGAAAAUUGAAUGAACUGUCCA